GGGGUUCGGCUGGGCGCGCGCUGGGAGGAGAACUAUUUGAAAGAAAAAAUGGCGGAAAAACAUUUGCAAGCGGAACACGACGGCUUCGGGACUGUCGCUGGGAAUCAGACCGAGGUCUCCUCGGCCUCACAGUCGUCCAAAAGAUGCUCCUCCACAAGCCCCGGGUCCUCGAGCCUCGCCAGCACGGCACCCCCAUACAAAUCCCCCAGGACCGACCCCCCAUCGCCCACCACCCAGGAGUCACAUCCAGAAACAGACAAGAUGGAAAACACAGAAAACACAGAGGGGCCCUCAGGUGUCUCCGUCAGUCCGUCUGCACGCAGGAAGUCCUGGAGGAGAGCCACCUUGACGAGACGCUCUUUCCCUUCCCUGCCCAACCCAUAUCAGGUUUUGUGCAGGAGCAUAAGCACAUCCUUGUCACAACAAGACAGGCUCGAGAGAUUGAUGGAGGCUUCCAUGAGGCUGGCAGUUGAAAGAACUCAAAAUUCCCUCCAGUCUGUGCCGAACAGCUCACUGGAGCGUUUUCAAAAACAAGUCAAGCACAUGCAGAAAGAGUGGGGUUAUCUGGCCAAAAGUCUACACAGUAAACCACAGGCUGAUCAGCUUCAUGCGAGUGCAGCCAGUUCUUGUGAUCCUGCCGUGCAGAGAGCCGUGGAAAAAGUCCAGAAAACCAUCAACAGGCUCCAGGCUGAGAGUGAAUCUUGGGAGGCCCUGUUGAACAAACACCGGAGUAAAGCAGAGGAAGUGGAAAGGAAAGUGGAGGAGGGCCAGGAGAGAGGCAUCGCAUUAGACUCUUCAUGUAUGGCCGAGUCCUCCCAGUACCUUUUCAUACAGAACAAACCUGAUUACCACGGCCUUCUCUGUAGACAGCAGCCCAAGCUUCACACUAUAGCCGUGAUUAUGGACACUCAGUGUAAGAUGGUUAGAGACCUUCUGUCUGUGAAGGAGCAGUCACAGUUAAUCGUGAAGGAGACUAGUAGCCGAUUGGCGGCAGAAGCAGGAUUCCAGGAUCUUUCACCCGACCCUUUUAGAAACCUUAUGGCAGCACCUGUAUCCUCUGCAACCACAUGAGCACUCAGGCAGGAGGGAAGAACAAACGACAAAAACACAUCAACAGACUCUGGCUCUUUAUAAAUUGUCUAUGAGCUUAUACAUAUUUUAAUUUGCUGUUAUGUGAUUUGGGACCAUACUUUUUCUUAAUCUCUUUGCUCUGUCUUUUUAAAAUAAAUUAAACUCGUGUUUUCUCCAUCAAAUGAAACCAUUUCAUUCAGCAAACGGAAGGACUGGUAAUAGAGCCACUUCAGGUAGUCCAUGUGCUUGACCAGCAGGUGGCAGUGGUAGGCUUUAUAUAUAUUUAUCCUGGCAUGCUGGGUUAAUGGCCAGAGGGGAUUUUUAUGUUUUGUCAAACGUGAAUUAAGUGCAUUCACUGCUGCAAAACCUGAUAUUAAGACUUGAGUGUCAUCUGUCAGAAAUGGAGCAAAGCCAAAUGUUUCAGAAGACUUUGACAACUUCCUGUAAAACCAGAACAUUUGUCAUUCUGUGCAUCUUCAUAAAAUAAAGACUGGGAAAGAAAUUCCCCACCUCUUGGAACAA